AUGGAGUAUCCGGGAACUCCGUUAAUUGAUGAAAAUUGUGAAAGUAUUCUAAUUGGUGACAACAACAAUAACAAUUGUGACAACAGUGAAUCCUCGUCCUUGGCAACGUAUUUAUAUCCCGAUUUUGGUAUUGUUGAUGAAAUAGACAAAGGAUUGGGUGAAUUAUCCACAUCAGUGUUUGGACAGUCCCAGGACAUUGAAACUGUAACAUCUAUUGCAUUAGCGGCAGCGGCAGCAACAGCUACAACAACUAUACCAACAACAAACGCAGCUGCAGCAGCAUCCAGUGCAGCUGCCGCCGCUCAAACAAACAGAAUAUCAUCAUCAUUGUCAUUAGCAUCAUCCUCAUCUUCAUCGCCAUCAACAGCAGCAUCGUCAUCUUCAUCGUCAUCAUCGGCGUCGUCAUCCUCAUCGUCAUCAACAUCAUCGCAGAUAUCAUCGCCAUCGUUAACACCACCCACUCCCAUCAGUUUACCGGAGCAGUCACAAAGUCCAGAUGGUCGGACAUCAAUAAGUUCGACAGCAGCAUCGCCAGCAUCGAGUGAUACAACGGCAGUAAUUCUAACAGAUCAGUUAUUAACAAAAACUCACAAAAAUGUCUGCACCAAAGACGAUGGCUCUGGAGUUGUUCGAACCAUGGAUGUAUUCAAAUUAGAUUUGGAUCAGGCACAAAUCGGUUCCAGUCUGGUGGAGGCAACAAAACAGCACAACAACAACAACUCUCUACAGAAUAAUUUGUGUGGAACAACCGGCUCGACCGCCGGUGCCAACGACAAUUUGCAUAGCGUCGAUCAGGAAGCAGAGGAGGAGGAGGAAGAGGACGACGACGAGGUAUUGCCGGAGGUGCGGUUUGAUGCCCACACCGAUUUCAAUUUGCAUUUUUUCGACACCCCUGAAGAUUCCUCAACGCAAGGGGGGUUUAGUGAAGCGGGUUCUGUGGAAUCCGAAAUCGAAACCGAAUCCUAUCUCAUUGGAUCGCCCACAUUGAAUGUUGCCAGCAAUACUCAGAACAUUAGUGGCGGUACUAAUGGUAUUGGUAGCUCUUCGGUGGUAGGUCUCAACGAUUGCCAUAAAUUCUACGCGAAUUCUCAAUUGGGCUCCUCGAGGAAUACCAAUAAUUUAAUUGCCACAACUUCAUUGCAUACGGGUCCUACGACAACUUCAACGUCUGGAUCGGGAAUUUCUUCCGCAUCUUCGCUGGGAAGUUUUCCACAAUUUGGCAAUGGUGGAGGUGCGCUAUACGCCACUAACAACAACAACAACAGCAGCAGCAACAAUCUCCACAGCUUUACACAAUCGAACUCAUCGUCAUCCGGCUGUUCUUCGACCUCUUCCAUCGCCAGCAAUAGUAGCAGCAUUUGCGGCAGUAGUUCUGGCAGCAACAACAACACCACAAACGUUAGUGGAACCGGAAGUAAUCGAAUUAUUGGAACAAAUUCAGCUGCCACAGCAGCAGCAUCCGCCUCCGCAUCAUCAUCGUCAUCAUCAGCAGUUGCCUCAUCAUUGGCUGCUGAGCAUUUUAUUGGAAACCUCAAUCAUUCACAAUCAUCCUCAUCGGGGCUAUCCACAUCAUCAUCAUCAAUAGCUUCAUUGGCGAAUGUUAAAUUACCACAAGCUGCCUCGGCAACAUUUACCGCAACCAUGCCACCACCAACAUUCAAUUCCUCAAACGGCAACACCAGCAACCACAACAACAAUAACAACGAGCAGCAGCAACAACAACAAUCCCUGCAACAACACCCAUCAGCCCAAUCACAAUCUCCCUUUGUCAUAAACGAUUCGAAUUCAAAUAGUGCUGUGGCCAAAUCCUUUGUGCCCUGUAAAGUUUGUGGUGACAAGGCAUCGGGUUAUCAUUACGGUGUUACCUCCUGUGAGGGUUGUAAGGGUUUCUUUCGUCGCAGCAUCCAAAAACAAAUCGAAUAUCGUUGUUUGCGGGACGGCAAGUGUUUGGUGAUACGACUCAAUCGAAAUCGCUGCCAAUAUUGUCGUUUUAAGAAAUGUCUAUCAGCUGGUAUGAGUCGAGACU